AUGGGUUUAGCUCUGAAAUCCAUUCCAUGGAUUUUUCUAUUGCUGUCUCUCUUCACGGCGAUUCCACUAACGUCGUCUCAGCCCCAAGCUCAACCACCAAUCUCCAAAGACGCCAACCUCUGCAACGGCGUCUACGUCUCCUACACUUACUCUACCGGAUCCAAGAUCAAACCGAACGACACCAAGAACCAGCCGUACCGGUUCGAGUCGGAGAUCACUGUGCUCAACAACGGCCGCAGCGAGCUCAAGUCGUGGCGUGUCUUCGUCGGAUUCGCCCACCGCGAGAUUCUCGUUUCAGCCACCAACGCCGUUCUCGGCGACGGUUCUAGCCUUCCGGCGAGCGUAGAAAACGGUACGACCUUCGCCGGAUACCCCGCCGCGGAUUUGAAAUCGGCGAUUAUGACUGCCGGUGACUUAACUCAGAUGCAAGCACGCAUCGAGCUCGUUGGUACUCAGUUUGGCGUUGCUCCGCCGAAUAUUCCUCUUCCGAACAAUAUCACUCUUGUUCAUGAUGGAUGGAAAUGUCCCUUACCUUCUCAACAAGGUAGAAAUGUUCUGCAAGUAUGUUGCACGCCGGUUCCGACAAACAAAACAGUCACCAUCCCCGAAAAGUACCUACCAAGACAAGACGGAGAUCUAACCAUAAUGUACGACGUGACAAAAGCAUACACAUCGAACUACUGGUCACAAGUCACGAUCGAGAACCACAACCCGCUCGGUCGUCUCGACUACUGGAAACUAAGCUUCGCAUGGAUGAAAGACGAGUUCAUCUACACAACCAAAGGAGCUUACCCUAGCAUUGUAGACUCAUCUGAAUGCAUCGAUGGCCCUCAAGUCAAACACUACCAAUCACUCGACUUCUCCAACGUCUUGUGCUGCGCGAGAAGACCAACCAUCAUAGACCUCCCUCUCACCAAGUACAACGACUCCGAUCUCGGACUCAAACCGUACUGCUGCAAAAACGGAACCAUCUUGCCACCGUCUAUGGAUCCAAGCAAGUCGAAGUCUGUUUUCCAAAUGCAGGUCUUCAAAAUGCCUCCUGAUCUCAACAACAUCUCAUCGAUCACUCCUCCUCAGAGCUGGCGUAUUAGUGGUAACAUGAAUCCGGAUUACAAAUGCGGCCCUCCUGUCCGAGUCAGCUCCAGCCAGUUCCCUGACGCCAGCGGUUUGCGUGUGAACCGGACUGCUUUCGCCAGCUGGCAAGUGGUUUGCAACAUGACUCAACCACCUACUCCUCAGUGUUGCGUCUCUUUCUCCUCUUACUUCAACGACUCCAUCAUCCCUUGUAAUACCUGCGCUUGCGGAGGCUGCUCUAGCGACAGAGUGGCUCGCACGUGCAGCACAACUGCUCCAGCUCUUCUCUUACCGCCUCAGGCUCUUCUCGUUCCGUUUGAGAACCGAACUAAACUUACCAACGCUUGGACGGUGCUAAAACGCCGGAAAGUCCCUGACUUGCUGCCGUGUGGAGAUCACUGUGGAGUCAGCAUCAACUGGCAUCUAGCGACAGACUACAGAGGAGGCUGGUCUGCUCGUAUCACACUCUUCAACUGGGGAGAAACUGAUUUUCCGGAUUGGUUUACGGCGGUUGAAAUGAGAAAUGCGGGGCCGGGUUUCGAGAAAGCUUACUCCUUUAACGGAACUACAGUCGCCGUCAACGGAAAGAACAGCACUGUUUUGAUGGAAGGUCUUCCUGGACUUAACUAUCUCAUGGCAGAGCAAGACGGUAAAAACCCGAGUAAGGACGUCCGGGUACCGGGGAAGCAGCAGUCGGUUAUCACCUUCAACAAGAAACUGACUCCUGGAAUCAAAGUUCGUGGUGGAGAUGGGUUUCCGACCAAAGUGUUCUUUAACGGUCAGGAAUGUUCACUUCCUUCUGUGCUACCUACAGGGAACGGUCACAAGAGAGAAGUUUCCACUUUUCUUCUCAUGGCGUUACCUUUUUUGGCUUUCUUGGUUCUUGGGGUUUAA